AUGUUCAGAUCUCAGGUUUUCCGUCAAGUCGCACGCGCGGCCGGAGCCCAAGCUCCCCGUGCCACCUUCAGACCAGCACAGUCAGCUAUCUCCUCACAGCGACAUUUCACGUCCUCGCCUAGUCGCUUCGACAAGGACCCCUCCAACGAGGACGAUGUCAACGCUGCAACCACAUCGGGCGAGCCUGGUGAGAGUGGGGAGCACGAGGGUCAGUAUGCACGUACCCGAGACGACAUUGUCGUCGAGUACCCAGAAGAGAAGGACCUACCACCCUCCAACCCCGUCGUGGGUCGUGGAGGUGAGCACUUCAAGCGCACUUUGGCUUCGUUCUCCAUGGAGGGCAAGGUCGCUGUCGUCACUGGUGGAGCCCGAGGUCUGGGUUUAGUCAUGGCGCAGGCCUUGGUGACCUCUGGAGCCGAUGUAGCCAUUGUCGACAUGAACAAGGAAGAGGGUGAGCGGUCUGCCAAGGGCCUGCUCGAUAUCUUCAAGAAGGAGAACCCAGGGUCUCGGAGAAUUCCCAAGGUCACAGCACAUUUCUGCGACGUCUCGAGCCCGACGUCUGUCAACCAAUCUUUUGCCGAGAUCCUGAAGAAGCACGGCAAGGUCGACAACCUCGUUACAUCGGCUGGCUUCACGGAGAACUACGAUGCCAUCUCCUACCCCCAUGACCGCAUACAGAAGCUUUGGGGAGUCAACGUUGACGGUACCUACCUGUACUCUGUGGCAGUCGCGAAGCACCUCAUGGAGAGGAAGGUACCGGGCAGCAUCGUCAUGAUCGGUAGCAUGUCCGGAGCCAUUGUCAACGUCCCACAGCCGCAGGCUCCGUACAACGCCGCUAAGGCAGCUGUCAGACAUCUGGCCUCCAGUUUGGCGGUUGAGUGGGCUGGCGCUGGCAUUCGUGUCAACUGCAUCUCGCCCGGAUACAUGCUUACUGCGCUCACCAAGAAGAUUCUCGACGACAAUCCAGACCUUCAGAAGCAGUGGACUUCUCUCAUUCCUGUUGGCAAGAUGGGACGUCCUGAGGACUUGAUGGGUGCCGUCACCUUCUUGUCCAGUGACGCGAGUUCCUACGUUACUGGUGCCGAUCUCCGAGUUGACGGAGCCUACACAUGCACUUAA